AUGGGAAAAGUGUUCUUCGUCGACUGGGCACUAUGGGAGAAGAUGACCUUUGUCCUUACCAUCCUCGCCGGCUGUCUCAAACUGUGGUACACGCAUCAUAAACUCCGCCAAUAUGAGAAGGCUGGCCCUCAACCAAUCAAUCGUGAGAAGAGCAUCAUCCGCAGCUUGAGUAUGCGCAAAGGCCCGAAAAAGCANGAAAGGAAAGCAAAAGAAAAGUCGACCAAAGAGGCUAUGGUCCAAAAGAGACGUCUGAUGGACGAUGGGCCAAACAUUCCAUUUGGCAUCCGAGCAAUUGAAAGUGGUAUCGAGGUUGAUGGAGUCUGGAUCUCUCGUAAUAACACACCAGCUCCAAGCAUAAGUGAACCCUCUUCAAGCUCUUUGUCGGCCUAUAGACCCAUCACACAGCAGAGCCGGCAAGGUUCAUUGACAGAUGUUGCAAUGACUCUUACAAACAAUGGCACCGAGACCUCACCAUUCAAUGCCUCUAUCGCAUCCUCCUCAAGGGAGCCGAGCCAGACGCUCUUUAUGGAUCGUUCGAUAUCUGGUGGCAGUAUUGGGAGCAAUCCAAAUUCCCUUCCCGAGCCUGUUGCUUCGGCUUCCCGCCGCUACCCUCCACACUCAUACCAGAGAUAUGAGGGCAGCAGCUCAAAACAUUUCCGCAAUGCCCAUACUCUCGAGACCAGAGUUCCCACUGGCAUGCCUACCGGUACGUGUCACAACCCGGACUCGAUGAUAUCAUUGCUAAUGGUGUGCUAUNNAGACCCCGCUAGAAUUGUUAGCCACCAUAGUUCUUCCUCUGGAUCAUCGAGAGGUGGCAGCAAUGGAAGCAACGAAUUGUCAGCGUCAUAUCUGGACGUUGCAAGACCACCGUCAGCUCAUCUAAGUGGCAACCCGGCCUUCGACGACGCCCUUCAGACUCACCGCAUGUCACAGGUUGCUGAGACAGGGCGUUUGGUACCUAGAAGUCGUCGUACCGGUACCUCUGGCGACUGGACCUCGUCGCCUUUGGCAGCAGGCGAGGUAUACAACUUUUCUCAUCCGCGCUCACAGACACCGCCACGCCCUGGUUCAUCCAGCUCCAAAAGCGGGCUCAAUCCUUUCACUACUCCCGUGUCAGAGAAGCAUCCGGAGGUCGAGUUUCCCGAGCACAAGACACCCGCCUCGGAAUCCAAAACUCGUCGUGGUUCAAGUGUGUCGUACACACGUCCAGAUCCAACUGUGCUACGCGCGGUGAAUUCAGGCUUUGCUGUACUCAAGCCAGGAACGCUGGACGCUGAGGCCGCAGCCAAGGAAUCUGCGCACACUAUAGCAGGUCAACACGCGCGAACACGAUCGGCAAGCAACGAGAGCAACGAGAGACGCCAUAGUCGCAAGCUGCAAAAGAAGCGUCGACCCAGCGAUAGCUCUAGGGAAUCGAAGUCGAGUUUCGAUGCUGCGUCUGACCUCGAGCGGGGCGAUGUCAAGUACAGCUUCGACCAGCACCCACCUUCAGAUCACGACAUUGAACGUGGCUCGCAGAUCGAAGCAUCCGGUUCCAAGUACAAGUUUUGA